GAAAGAACUGACAGGCCAGAGGUCUAAUUCCUAGUCCAGGAGAUUUUACUGGUUCUAAUGGAUUUGGAUUGCCAUGUACAUAACGUCCUAUUAUGGCAUACUGCCUGUGAAUGCCUUAUCUGAAAACAGUGAUAUAUCUCCAGCAAUCCAUCUUUUCCUUUCAAAACUGUGAAUAAGAUGGAUGAUUAUAGAGUUCUAUCAAAAUCAGACAGACUCAAUAUAAUGACUUUGGAUAAAAUCAGAAAGCAGAAGAGGAACAGUAACACUGACUGAGAAAUUUCUUUUGUUUGCAUCAGGAGGUCCAAGGACACUAUGUCUGUUUCCAACAUCACAGUCUACAUGCCCUCUGUGUUGACACUAAUAGGGAUUCCAGGCCUAGAAUCUGUGCAGUGCUGGAUUGGGAUUCCAUUCUGUGCCAUUUAUCUCAUUGCUGUGAUUGGAAAUUCCUUGCUUCUGAUCAUUAUCAAAUCUGAGCAUAGUCUCCAUGAGCCUAUGUACAUUUUCUUAGGCAUGCUAGGAGCCACAGAUAUUGCACUUGCUAGCACCAUUAUGCCCAAGAUGCUUGGAAUAUUCUGGUUUAAUGUGCCCGAAAUCUAUUUUGAUUCCUGCUUGCUUCAAAUGUGGUUCAUCCACACAUUUCAGUGUAUAGAGUCAGGAAUCCUGAUGGCCAUGGCCCUGGACCGUUAUGUGGCCAUCUGUUAUCCACUAAGACAUGCCACCAUCUUCACCCACCAGCUUGUCAUUCAGAUAGGAACUAUGAUUGUACUCAGGGCUGCUAUUCUUGUAGCCCCAUGCCUAGUACUGAUAAAGUGCCGGUUUCAAUUUUAUCACACAACAGUCAUCUCCCACUCCUACUGUGAGCAUAUGGCCAUUGUGAAAUUAGCUGCAGCAAAUGUUCAAGUCAACAAAAUCUAUGGUUUGUUUGUGGCCUUCACUGUUGCAGGGUUUGACCUCACGUUCAUCACAUUGUCCUACAUCCAGAUAUUUAUUACAGUUUUUCGUUUGCCCCAAAAAGAGGCUAGGUUUAAAGCAUUCAAUACCUGCAUUGCUCACAUCUGUGUCUUCCUCCAACUCUACCUCCUCUCCUUCUUCUCCUUCUUCACACAUAGGUUUGGGUCUCACAUUCCCACUUAUAUUCAUAUUCUCUUUUCCAGCAUUUACUUGCUAGUCCCCCCAUUUCUCAAUCCACUUGUCUAUGGUGUAAAGACCACACAGAUUCGCAUUCAUAUGGUAAAAAUGUUCUGUUCAUAAAAUCCACCUUAAUUAAUGCCUACAUGCUUCCUUCUUUUGUAAUAGUAACCACAUCAAAA